UGACUGCUAAUUGUCAUAAUGUAUGAAGCCUUCAUCUGUCAGCCAUGAGAUGCUUGCUUCACAGCACUGGUGAGCAGUGAACAUCAGCUACCUGGCCAGGCCAUUCCUGACAAGAAUAGUGAGCACUGCUAGUGGAGCGUGUCGCCACGGCUCAGUGAUCAAGCUGUCUCGCCACAGGGAGAUGUGGAUAGCCAGCCUAGUGUCCCUUGGUGCCGGGGUAUAUUAGCAUAAUGAUUGUGUGCAUUGGCUGAGAUCAAUACCUUGUACUCUGAGACAGCAGGUUCCUGGUAUGUGGGAAGACAACAUGGAGGAAGAAUACAGUGUCCUCUGCCUGCUGGCACUGCUAGCUGCCUCAGGCCACAUUCACUGAACAUUCUGUGGAGGGCAUUCUCUCACUGACUGAAGACACUGCUUCCCACAGAUAGUGCAUCAUGGCAGAAGAAACCAUUUAUCUGUGUAAUUUCCGUGUGUCUGUUGAUGGCGACUGGCUGUGUCUGCGAGAGCUCAGCGAUGUCCAGUUGCAACUGCAUGACGAGAUGAUCGUCUCCUCCGACGAUGGAAAGGACCCAAGGACGAUUGAGAGAGCCAACUUGUUGAAUGUCUCCAAACUUAUUGUGAAGGAACUGAUAGACUCGUCCUUGGCCCAUGGCCGGAUGCUGGACGAUGACCAUGUUCCACUCCAACAGUUCUUCGUGGUGCUCGAGCAUGUGCUUCGACAUGGACUCAAACCCAGAAAAGGUAUUUUGCGUGAUCGGAAAGAGUUCUGGGGGGUGCUAGAAGCUUUUGAAAAGUUCGCUCCUGAAGCAGGGGAGAUAACCACGAGUGUGCGGGACAUGCCACACAUCAAAACGCCGCUGGGCCGAGCACGUGCAUGGAUCCGCCUAGCCCUGAUGCAGAAGACUCUGGCCGACUACUUCAAGAUUAUGAUAGAGAAGAAGGAUAAUAUGCUUAGUGACUACUAUGAGGGCGGGGCCUUGAUGAUGGAGGAUGAAGGGAUGGUGAUAGCCGGGCUGCUGGUGGGGCUCAAUGUCAUUGACUGCAACCUCUGCAUCAAGGAGGAGGAUCUGGACCAGCCGAUGGGCGUGAUUGACUUUAGCUUAUACCUGAAGGGAGGCAAGUACAAUGGUGACAACGAUGAAUCUGAAAGCGUGGAAGGCAAGUCCAAAAUGGCGACCAUUCUGGAUCAGAAGAACUAUCUGGAAGAACUCAAUAGACACCUUAACGCAACUGUGACCAACCUCCAGCAGAAGAUGGAGCACCUGCAGACAACAAAUGCACUUAUGAAGGAAGAUCUCGCCAUCGCCAAAAACAGCAUUCUCACCAUCCAAGAGGAAAACGACCUUCUCCGCAGAGAGCGGGACUUUGUGACGGAGGGCUUGCAGAAACAGAUGGAGGCAACCAAGCAAGACAUUGAUGUGGAGCGUGAGACAUACCAGACAAACCGGGCGGGGCUGGAGAGCCUGUACACUGGCGUAAAACAUCAGCUGGAGGGGGAGACCGAGAUGAGGCUGGAUGUGGAGCGCGAGCUGGAGCUACAGAUCGGGAUGAAGACGGAGAUGGAGCUGGCGAUGCGACUCCUUGAGCGGGACAUCCACGAGAAACAGGACAGCAUUGUGACACUUCGUCAUCAGCUGGAUGAGAUCAAGUCCAUAAACCAGGAGAUGUACCACAAACUGCAGAGUUGUGAAGGGUCCAUGAAGCACAAGGUCGACAUGGUGAGCAAGCUGGAGGAGAAGACGACCCAGCUGGUGACCACACUCCGAGACUUGGAGAAGAGACAUAAAAAAGCUGAAUCCGACAAAAUGGCGGCCGAGGAAACAGCACGCAAACUUGGGCAGAUUAUUGCUGAGAAGGACGCGAAGCGCACGGCCCUGGAGACGGACCUGCGGAUUGAGCGGGAAUGGCGCAGCACAUUGCAGCACAAUCUGGAGGAAGAGAAGACACAUGGCAGCCAGCUGCUGAUGGAGUUACAGCAUAUGAAGGACCUCAAAAAGGAGUAUGACGGUCUGCGGCAAAAACACGAGCAUCUCAGUCAGACGUGUGAGGAACAGGAAAAAGCCUUGUCUGAGCUUGGAUCUCAUCUCAGCGAGUCCAAGUUGAAGGUGGAGGACAUGCGGGAAGCCAACCUGGUGCUGAAGGAGGCGCAGUGGGUGGGGGACAACGCAGCCACAUCCUGUAAACAGUGCAGCAAGGACUUCUCUAUAUCCAGGAGAAAGCACCACUGUCGAAACUGUGGAGAUAUUUUUUGUAAUGAGUGUUCCGACAAUAAAAUGCCUCUUCCAUCGUCGUCAAAGCCUGUGAGAGUUUGCGAUAGCUGCCAGGCACUGCUCCUGCAGAGGUACUCCGCCACAUAGCCCAGUCUCACUCAAUGUCUUCACAGCAGCACACGGACAGGAAACACAACGGAACAAGAGGAAGCUCUGCCACAUUGCCCAGUCUCACUCAAUGUCUUCACAGCAACAGAACAAGAGAAAGCUCAAGGUCAGUCACCAUGCAAGGUCAAGGACAAGUGUGCAGUUGCAAGGAUAUUCACUUGCAAGGUCACAGACUGUCUCUGUGCAGUCAAGGACAGUGAUUGCAAGAUCAAGGACAGUGACUGCAAGGUCAAGGACAGUGACUGCAAGGUCAAGGACAGUGGCUGCAAGGUCAAGGACAGUGACUGCACAAGGUCAAGGAUUGUGCAGAGACUGUGUUUCUGGGCAGAUUGAGAUUACAGACAAACUGUGCAAUAUGAACUCCCAUCUCCCUCUUGUGACAAGAACUGUGAUAUGUAGAACUGUGUAAAGAGCUUGGAGCUUGACCACAGUGCUUGACAGGUUGCACUUGCAUGAACAAGUAUUUUGUUGAUGAAGAUGUUUAAGUGAAAGAUUCAUUGGUUUAACUUGUAGAGUAACAUUCAGCUUUGCAUAUUGUCUCACAGUUGAGAAAACAAAGAAAUCAAAAAUUCAUCAAAACAUUUUAUUAUUCAAUGAUAUGAUAUUUUUUUAUUUCUUUCCCUUGAUGUCUACAAAAUGUAAUCAGUGUAUAAAUACUGGUGCAGAUGGGAGCCAAUGCAGAGAUUUCACUGAAUCACUGGAAUUAACACUGUCAUGAUAAAGAAAACAAGGUUGUGUGUCUAAACAAGAAAGUUGAAUGUUCAUGUGAAGGCAUUUUGCUUUGAUAAUCCAAACUUAAGUGCUAUUCUUUCUUGAUAAAACUGUGUACAUAGUUAUUCAUGGGCCUCAACCUGCUGCUUAAGUCAGUGGGUCAUCCCUAUGUCACUGGCCAUUGCUAGUUCUCCAGGGUACAUUUCCUGUUCUAUUCCAACCAGGUAUCCUUGAUGUAGCUGAGUGGCUUGUAGAAGCAGUGUAAGGCAAAAUAGCUCAUGUAAUUCUUCUGUAUUGCAAAAGGGGGGCACGGGGGUGGCCCAAUCGCCUAAGGCGCCGCAAUUAGCUGUGCAGAGUUGCGUCCCUUGGGCACACCAGAAACCCCUGAUUGUCAGAUCGAAUCCCAUUUCGCCCUGAUUAUGUUUCUAGGUUUGUCAGCACAUACCUGUGCUUGUGGGUUUCACCGAAGUGGUAAAUAUCUGAGACCUGCAUCACUUGGGGCUUUACUCCCACAUUAAGCUGACACGCCGUGAUAUAACUGGAAUACUUAAAAGUGGCGUUAAACCCAACUCACUCACUCACUCACUGUAUUGCAAAACCUGAGAACCAACAUUGUGGACUGUGUGUUGGAGCAUAAGAUGCUGCUGUGGUAAAGAUGGUGAUGUAGAUUGAAUACACAAAACAAGACUAGAUGAGCAGCAUCUCUCCACUGAAGUUUCCUUGGAGCAUCACUGCUGAGGCUUCGUUGCUGUCAAAGAUUGCAUGAACCAGCAUCUUCAUCAUCAGAUAAUUAUCACCUCAACUUUUGGAGGUCUCCGUCAUGAACACAUAAGAUCCCAGGAGUUUUGAUUUUGAUCCUUUACAAAUGUUUAAGAUGACCUGAGACCUGUCAAAAUAAAAACAAAAUAUGAAUGUUUAUAUUUCGCAUGAUGUUGUCUGCAUAGUGGAAAGGAGUAAAUGCUUCACCUAGCUGAGACGUGGAUGUUUGCUUUCUGUAUUGUACCAAAUUAUGAUUACUGUCAGAGAUUAGUUUGUUUUCUUACAUUGCUAUGUCCAGUGAGACUCAUAAUAUAUUAUGAUUUAUUAACGUGUAUUUUUCGAGGCUACCUAAAUAGUGCAGACAGGCAAGUACAAAUAUUAUUCUGGUGACAGUUCCUAAAGUGACGUACAGUAUGAUAGUGUUGCCUCAACCUGCUAGAUGGCAGUCGGAAUUCACUCCUCCAGAGCUCAUUCCAAAUAGGGAUUGUACCUAAGACAAUUGUAAACUUUACAUACACUUAUGACAGACGUAGCACCUGUGAUUGCUUAUGGAUGGGAAUGUGAUCUCAGCAAUGCUGCUAUCGUAACUCCUGUGGAAUGGGGGCCCUGUUCCAACUUUAAUGGCCUGACAUCAUUACUGGCGGGUUGGCAAGUUGACAAGGUUUUGUCAGGUACAUUUGGCCAUCAUGCCGAGGGUGGGGUUAGAUGCCUAACAUGGAUACAAUGUGUGAAGCCCAUGACCUCAAACUGGCAGGUCCUGGCUGUGUGGUGGCCUUGACCUUUAACUGAUACAUCCUGGCUGUGUGGUGGCCUUGACCUUAAACUGAUACGUCCUGGCUGUGUAGUGUCCUUAACCUCAAACUGCUUGUAUCUCCAUCUUGCCAUUAUGAACAAAUAUGUAGCCAAAGGUUUUGUUGUCGGGUUAACUGUUUUGUAGCUAUAUGACAUAAGGAUUGACUGACCAUCAGUAAUGUGGCUUGUGUGUUCUAGUGUGUAUGGUGUUGGGGUUCACUACUGGUUUGUGAGUUUCGCCGGCUUUCAGUAAUAAUUUGGGGAGGGUCCUGGACAUAAGAUGGCAGUCACCAGGUACUGAUUAUAGAUGGGGAUUCCUUGGUUGAAAUGAAACUUAAACAUAAAGGAAUGCUGAAAUGGAUAGUUUGAAGUUCGAUUGUAUUUUGUUUCAGAAUAGAAACCACAGUUGGAUCAAAUGUGGAUUAGUUUUUGUGAUUCAAACAGCACUACUUUUGCAGUGAUCCAAACUAAGCAUGGACAUCCUGGGGUCCUUGUCAUAAGCCUGCUGUUAGAAGUUAAAGAUUUAGAUGGUCUGUACAUUCAAAUACCUAAGGACCAAAUCUUCAGGACCCCCCUUAAUAUUGAACACUGCUUUGGACAUCCCAUUGGGUUCCUGUAGUAGUUGUGUCCAUUUCAAAUUUCUAUGCUAGCUGAUAUAGUUUGCAUCUGGUAUAAGCUAAGGUUAGAGCAGAACCACGGUAUUGAGACUGUGAUUACUAAUUAGAUAUUCCUGGUGGAUGAAGAGUUCAGGGACACCCUCUCUGUGUUACAUGUCUGAUAUUGUAAACUUGAGUUAAUGAUUUCAAAUUGCCUACAGUUGCGAGUCCAUCACGUCACAUUUCACAAGAAAGUACACUAAGCAAAGCAGCAUCUUAUAAAGCAUAAGAUUGUUCAACACAGGUUGAGAUUAAUGAUGGAAUUAUAGAUCAGUAUUUUUGUCCUUGACAUCAAACUGGCAGAUCCUGGCUGUUUGGUGUCCUUGACCUCAAACUGGCAGAUCCUGGCUGUGUGAUGUCCUUGACCUCAAACUGGCAGGUACUGGCUGUGUGAUGUCCUUGACCUUAAACUGGCAGAUCCUGGCUGUGUGAUGUCCUUGACCUCAAACUGGCAGGUACUGGCUGUGUGAUGUCCUUGACCUCAAACUGGCAGGUACUGGCUGUGAUGUCCUUGACCUCAAACUGGCAGGUACUGGCUGUGAUGUCCUUGACCUCAAACUGGCAGAUCCUGGCUGUUUGGUGUCCUUGACCUCAAACUGGCAGAUCCUGGCUGUGUGAUAUCCUUGACCUCAAACUGACAUACAACAUUAAGCACCCCCAGAUCAACUUCAAGACCAGUCUGUAAGUUAUCUUUAAAAUGGUCCCCUGAUAAUACCGAAAACUGAUGUGACAGUCCUUACUUUCUUGUGUAUGUUGCAGAUUAUUUUGUCAAAACAGCAGUGUAGAAGUGGAAUGUUAUUGCCUGGUAACCAUUAUAAAAACAUUCCUUUCCAAUGAUGUUUCUAGUAUGUUUGUUCACUACUGCUCUAUCUCUGAAAACAAAUGUAGCUCGCCAUAAAUGAUAUAGCUUGCACACACACACACAAACACACACACACACACACACACACACACACACACACACACGUUGUGAUAUAACUGCAAGAAACUUUAACGCCACGUUAAACCCCAUUUCAUUUCACUUCAUGUCAAUUUUCUGGGCUCCCAAGGCUCUUAUUAAGUCAAAUACGGUAGCUUGCGUAGUGUACUCGAUGGGGCAACCGAGCUAGGCUGAUUGGCACUGUCCACUCUCAGCACUGGGUGUAUUGGAUGUACAUAGGUAACACCAGCUACUAAAUAUAUGCUUUGAUUGUGACUCAUGCAUUAGGAUGAGACAAGAUUAAGUCCGAAUGAACCAAAUAUAUAUAGACUUGACAUUUGUCUAUGGUCAGAUCUUGACAUCCUAUAAUGAGUUGUGCCGAUACUGCUAUAUGUUUAAAGUGUAUAUGCACCAGUGUGCUUAACCAGUUCAAGUUUGGUUAGUACAAUAUCAAGGAAAUAUUUACUUGGUUUGUGCAGUUGAUGUUUCUGAGCAGAUACCAGAACAAAGAUACUUGUGCUGUUAUACUUAUGUGUACUGGUGCGUGCAUGCAGCAGAGCUGAGCUAGGCUGUGUGGCUAUGUGUAUAUAUGUAUGUAUUAUGUACUUAUGUAAAUAUUCAACAAAUGUGUAUGUGGAUGUAUCUCAACAAAUAUAGAUUUAUAAAAUCUAACCAAUAAAGGCAUUUCAAGAACA